UGUGUGUGUGUGUGAUGAGGAGCUGCAGAGGAGGAAACAGUGUGUGUCCACGGUGUGUGUUACCGUGCGUGUGUGUGUUCACCGACCACACGUCGUUGUUCCACGGGAGGACCUCACGUCUGUCUCUCGCUCGUGAACUCACCGAGACUUGACGAGUCGAACUACUCGCGUGUUUCCGGACAGACUCGGGAGCGUCGCUGUGGACAUGGGAGGUAAAAAGCUCGGCGGGGACACGGUAGCUCCGGUUAGCGACAUUUAGUUCUAACGUCAAACUCUCACACGUCACGAAAAGACGUAAAACUCUCCCACGUUUAUUCCCCGGUCGCUGGUUUCCCGUUAGCUCGGCUGUGCUGUUGCCUCCGUGGACUGUUGAGUAAAGUGAAUGACAACAUGCUGCCAUCGUUAAACCACUGGAGUCAUCACAGGGACUUUCUCCUGACAGCCUGAUACAGAUUAGGAUGGUGGCAUGGCCAGACACUUCUGUGGAGAGGGUUGUAUGUGAUUCCAUGCUCCUUAAUGCCUUUGUUGGCAUCUAAUGGAAGAAAAAGCAUCGAUCAAGUCCACCAUGGUAUCUAGACUGCCCAAGUUUGGUGGACGCUCAUCGACUAACGGUGCUAAUCCCUUGUCCAAUGGUUCUACCCAGCCAACAACCCCUACCCAGUAUGGAAAGAGCACUCCCCCAGCAACACAGCCAAACAGUCUGAUCCGUGCCUCUCCUUUUUCCUUGAAAUGGAAGAGAGACGAUGCGCUGUCCAUCCACAGCUCCACCAGCUCUGGGGACGGAGAUGAAGACAAGACUCCGAUGCAGCGUCCCUCGUUAGCAAAAGAUGUAAAGAGUGGGACUCCGGGGACACCCAAGAUUCGAAGGUCAGGUACUUUGGUGGUUGCUGUGUCUAGCCCCAAGGCAAUUCCCCAGCAAUCCUCUAAGAUGAGUCCGAAAGUAGGAACCAAGCUAGGCCAAAGCCCAAUAAACGGAGGUCUUAAAAAUGGUCACACUGGCUCCAGCAUUCCAGGGUCAGAUUCUCGCCUUGUGCGGCCUAGGUUAGGCUCUAGCACUCCCAGAAGCAGCUCUCAAGACAGCCUGUCCCAGUCCAGUGAAAGCCUUAAGACCUUGGCACUGGACAACAUGGUGCGUUCAAAUAGCUUCACUCACUUCAAGCAGAUUCCCUCUCCUACAACCCAAUCAAUGACACGGUCCUUCUCCUUUAACCGAGCUGUGGAGCUAGCCAAGCCUCUGGCCAACACUCAGCUCCGGCCUCCUCGCAGUACUUUCCUCAAACCCCCUCAGCUGAGCAAUGGAAGAGUUGGUUUAGGACUUGGAGGCCUGAAUGGUAGCCUGGGAGUUUCAGGGAGUCUAGAUGGAGGACUUCAGUACAGCAGAACUCCUCCUGCUGCCUCCUCUCUGCCUACCUUGUCUAUCCCAUCAGCACCCAAUACUCCCAGUGCUCUGAAGAAGCCUCUGUUCCCCAGUUGUGUGCUGACCAAGUCACUGGGCAGCAGCAUGGGGGCUCUGGGCUACAAGCUGGCUCGAUCUGGGCAGGCCAAGCAGCAGAAGCCUCUUUUUCAAGGUAAAGUCAGAACUUCAGCUGCCCCUGAGUGUGAAGAGUCAUUGGGCAUACAGCCCCAUGGUGAGGCUGAAAGAGCAGACUCUCACAGUGACAGUGAUGGAAGCUCUGGAGAUGGAGGGGCCAACGGAGCAGGAAAUGGUGUGGUCAUGCAAAGCUUGUGCCUGGCUGCAGGGGAGACUCUGGAGGACAUGUCCUUAUCUUCCGCCUCAUCUCUAGACAGAGGGGACACCAGUGAAGACUUUCUAGAUGACUUUGAGAGUAUGGGAGAUUUGCUCAGUGAUGGGGACAUGCCUGACAACAGGACAGCUGACACCACUACCCAAACCCGUCUACACAGCUUUCUCAAUGAGACCAUCGACUGGGACAGCAUAGAUCUGGAAGGACAUAAAGAAGAAAGCCCUAUGGAGGACUCCCAGGGACCACUAGUGUUGUCUCCAGAGCAAGGUGAUGUCCCACAGGCUUCAUCUGUUGAGCUGUCACCGUCCAACAGCUCUGGUGGAACUUACAUGUGGGACGAGGAGGGUCUUGAGCCUCUUGGGGGACCCGGAAAUCAUCCAUUAGACAGCUUUGAUAAUUCAGAGCUCAACAGCAUGGAUGUCCUGAACAACCUGGACCCUCGGGGAACUGGAGAGCUGGAUGAUGACGACCUCAUGCUUGAUGUGGACCUGCCAGAGGAUGGCUUACAUGACGUCGGCAGGAUGUCUCACAUGGAGCGCUCAGACAGGGCCGGUCGGCAGGGGCAGCGGCGUAAACACCACCGCUGGAGUGGACCAGAUCACUUCCACAGUGACAGCAGGGCCCACGUCUUCCAGCACUAUGAUGGACUCAAGUCCUCCAGGAUCUGUUCACGGCCCCCCCACUCCGAAGGCAGGCAGCAUGGCUACAUGGCGAUGCUGGAUGAAGUCACAGUCGAUCACAUGACUCAAGAUUGCAGCUCGCUGAAGAACCAGCUGCUCAGGCUCAAAACGAUGUUACAGCUUGAGGAUACAGAUUCUCCAGCAGAUGCACCUGAGGAGAUUGAAGACAAUACCACUCCAUCACAGUUGGUGGAGCUGAUAAAGGAAGUGCAGGUGCUCAGAGAGGAGCUGAGGAGCCGAGACAAGACCAUCGUUCAGCUCACGUUGCAGUGUCAACAGCUGCAACAGCAACAACUGCGGGAACAAAUGGCUGCUCAAGGACAUCAGGCCAGGUGUCAGUGCCACCACCAGAGGGCUCCCGCUUCAGUACGACAAAGCGACAGGCAGACGGACAAACGGACGCAGCAUCACUACGACAAGGCCACCCAGACCUACUGGAGACCCCCCAGCCACACUCCUCAAAUACUACAGCCUUUCAACCGCUGCCUCAACGAGCACCUCCACCAGGGAAGAAUAGUAAAAACUCCCCCCACCGAGGGCCACAGUGAUCUCACAAGGAGUAGAUCAGUGGAAGGAACCCGUAUGGAUGCUGAUCGUCGCCUUGAAGGCCUUAUGGCAGAUGUGACUGGCCCUGCAUUCCCCGACGAGCUCCUCAGCAACCACCUACACUUUCCGGGCACUUUCCGGGCUCUGGGGGGGGGAACUGCUAGAGACAGUCCAACAUCAGCAGCUCCGUCUUCUGGGCAGCAUGAAGGAAGAGCCCCCGCUGUGAUGCUGCAGAACUCCGUCGCUCCUAGAUCCGCUGGUCCUGCUUACCCUCGCCUGCUGCAGCCUCCUCGUCUUCACAAGCGCGUGUCUCUCCCUGCACUCAAGCCAGGGGGCGCCGGUGGCUUUGCCUCUCCGAAGCCAGGGUCAUCCUUAGGGCCCCUGGCUAACCGAACCAAGCAGCUGCCCCCUCCGUCUAGAGGCCUUCCCUGCUUUAGCGCUGGACCCCAGGUGCCGGCUCCAAGUCUCCGUCGCACUUCACUGCUUCAGCCUCGCAGAGUCUCGGACCCUUGCAGGGAUCCGCGGAUCAGCGACUCCCCCCUGGAGGAGCCUGACCAGGGGACGCUCAAAGACCCAGGGUCAGAAAAGAUCCUGAUCUCUUUGAGCCGAUCAUGCCUACCCAAGCCAAAGAUUCCCUGAGGAGCUAAAUCCACCCAUCAAAAGCUAAAACUGGAAUCAAUCUGACAUCGGUAUUCAUGCCCUUCUUCCCCUCGCCCUGGUAACAGUGAGAUUGUUUUACCUUUUGAGUGUCAAAGGAACAUACACUGACCGAGCCGAUGAACCCAUAUGGGCCGUUCGUGGACUGCGUGUGCCGGUGACAUUGGUACCAUGACUGCUGCACAGUACCAUUUCUAAAUGAGCUUUCACAUCUCCAGCCUGAUCGAUAGAAAUGCAGUUUGUAGGCAGGAUUGUAUCUCCACGACAAUCCUCAGUCCUAAAUGGCAGUUUUCAGGAAGAAGAAAUGUCCAGUUUACUAGUUUUGCACAUGCUCAUGAAUGCUGCUUAUGCAAAAAAGAAAAAAGAGUAUUAUCAUUCAGAGGGAGUCAGCCUUUUUUUUUGUUUUGUUUUGUUUUGUAAAACCCUGCUGGCUAUUACCACAUUUUAAAGUCUAAGUUCACUUGUCCACACACAGCUGUGGCCUCUGACACACAGGAGCGUUCGGUUUCCAAGCACCGAGGUGACAUGGACGUGACCUUUGCCGUGUAAUGGAAGGCCCAGGGGAAGAUGGAGGCGAAAAAAACAAGAAGCGAGAAAGAAAGAAAGAAGAGAAAGGACAAAAGUACAAUAACAGUGGAAGUGAAAUAAGGUGCCAGAGACUGAAAAGAAAAUUUGUCAAAGCUCCCUCAAGCCGGCACUACAAAAAUGGAAAUGUGUUUGUGCGAAUAUGUGUGUGAGAGAUGAGAAAGAGAGGAGGGGGCACAAAGUGGAGAGAGGAUCCACACUGCAGGUGCAUGUAUUUUUCUAUUCAGCUGAACUUCACCUCCACAUAUGAGCAAAGGGGUUGAAGAACCUUCUGUGUAAAUGCAACUCAGAGGGAAACAUGGUCCUGGUAAAAAUCUAUAUCACACUGGUGGCCGAGAUAUAUUUAGGACCGACAGUACACAAGUGAGGAGCUGGCUUUCAUAAUGCAGAAAAGAGCAGGUAAUGAAACACUCACACACUUACAGUGAGCUCAGGUACAAAUAGGCUCACUCACUCACACACGAUGUGCUCACACUCCAAAGCGCGUGUUAUUUUACUUUGUGCAUUUUUAGAUGGAACACAGUGAGGAGUAGCAGGAAGCUUGAUGAAAGAGCAGGCAGCGUGCAAACAAGCUUGUAUAUCUUCCCGGGUGUUUAAGUGCUUUAGUGGACAAUCGCAACAGGAAAACAAAUCUGCCUGCGAUGUGAGGAAACUUCCACUUGUUUCCAGUCAAAAUAAAUUUCUUCUGAAAGUGCAGAGAACUUUUAAAGUUGGUUACAUCCGCUUCCUCGUUUUAGGACGUCACGAUUUGAUGGAACAAAAUUUAGAAAAGUCGACCUAAUUGAUGUUUUACGAGAAAAGUCAUUUUUGAGUCAAUUAAAUAACUGAUCUUUGAACUAUCUCCUUUAAUGACUUACACACGGAAACAUCGGCUAACGGGAAUUCAUUAGAUGUGUGAAGCUGCUGCCUGGUGUGUGCAUAUGUGUGUGUGUGUGUGUGUGUGUGAGCUGAUGUCGUUUCCCCCCCCUCCCCCUGUCUCUCUCCUCCUCUCGCUCUCCUGCACAUCUCUUUGGGAACAUCAAACGUAUUAGUGGGUUAUUUUUAGGUAGGGAGCCUUCGGGGCUUUACAGGUGUUUCUCUGGGAGUUUUGUAGAAUCGAGUUUAUCUCUCCUUCGCGGAGCCCUUUUCGCAGUCAAACGCUCCCGAGAUGUCCCCUAUCGGAGAGCAGCAGUGUGUUAAAAAGGCCUUCUGACAGCAACUCUGCUCUCUUCUCUGUCACGCCGCGUGACCGCUUGGUGUACGCCUCUGGCACUGUCCGGUCUACUGCGUCCGAUAAUGCACCCUACAUAGACAGAGAGAGACAGAGAGAGAGAGAGAGGGAGAGAGAGAGGGACACACACGCAUCCGGACACGCACACGUACAGGAAGUCUGGCAAAACUCAAAGAGACACAAACUCGGUGCGAGCACACACAUCAGGUCACACUUCCCACACACACACACACACACACACACACACACACACACUUUGAAUGCUGCACCAAAGGGCAUGAAAGUGUGUAAGUGUUGUUUUGGUAGCUCUCACAAAAUGAGCUUUUUGCGAGUCCACAUUGAUCCAUUUCUCUGCUGUGCCCCCCCCCCAAAAAAAAGUCUGUCUCUAGAUUACCCUGGAAAUAGGUAGAGGCUUUUGUGUGAGAGUGUUUGUUGAAUGUGCUUGUUUGUUUCCGACUGUGGAUCCAUGCGGCUGAUAAAAAACAUGUUUACCUGUUUGUGUGGCUCAACAUUGUGCCAAAGCAUUCAGGCAGUCUGCACGGCUCCGGGAAGCCAAUAGAAAGAAUUAAAAAAAAACACAACCCCCUUAAUUUAUUUUAAUGAAACGGAUACGGAGACAGAAAGAUACGUUCAGAGGAUGAGGAAGAAGAUGCACAGCGAGAGACAAUAAGACAGAGCGGCAGGAGAGAGACGAGAUUAAGAGAUGCCGUGAUAAAGUGGUGAGGGCGGCUAUGAUCAAGAUAAACAGGUUCUGGCAAUAGUUGUGACUGUUUGUCUAUAAAAUCUUGUGAAUGUGUGUAUAAGAGAGGGGGGGGUCGGUGGAAUACAUAGCAUAGUUUGUUUGUGUGCACUGUUGUCCAGAGAGCAGCCCAAUCGCCUCAGCUGUGUCACUCACUGCUUAGUAAUGCCAAACAGGAAAUCAAUGUUGCCUGCUGUGUGUGUUUAUCUGUCUGUGUGUGUGUGCAUGUGUGUGUCUGUAUGUGCGUCUCCAGACACCUCUGGCUGCCAGUGUUUAAUUCUUGGAUGUGUGUGUGUGAGAGAGCGAGAGAGAGAGAGAUGUGGAUGCCCACAGGCCAAAGGCAGGCCCAUGCCAGGGAAAGCGGUGCAGUGCCAUCUUUCUACCCCAGCGCUGUAUCCCCCCCCCCGCCCCGUCUCCAAAUCAAUGUCCCUGCUCAGUUUAGCAGUCGAGACAAUCAGUCGUGCUGACGCUGUAACAAAACAACCGCAACUGAGCUGAAAACUCUCCCAACCAACUCGGAUCAAUUCGAACACUGGUCUCUGAUUCCCAUUGAGACUCACUGAUUAUUCAGCUGCAUCACACAUCAGGAAAAACAUGCAACCAAAAGGGCCCAUGUUGUUCCAUGUUACUCCUGAAUGGCGCAGAGCUGCGUUCCGACACUUCCGAAACAUUUUCUAUACAAGAAGACGUUUUUCUUGCAAUGCAACGAUACAGUACUUGAAUUGAGAGAAGGAAAUGCAGCGAUAAGUAGAACAAAUAUAAGAGUUACUGCAGAAUAAAGGUAAAACACAGUUGCAUGUUUGCAGUUUUGAGCCUUUGGUUUAAAAAUGUUCAGCUGCUAUUUGCAAUUUUCAGGCUAACACUGAAUCAAAAGACUGUUUGUGGCUUGAAAUGAAAAACCCACUGAUAGAACUAGAACAACAUUGGGAGAGCACAUACCUUCCGCCAAGGCUGAUUGGCCACUUCAUCAUCAUGUUGCAUGUACAUGUAUUGAGACCAGAUACAUGUGCAUCAUCAUCCAAAUCCACACAGAACUGCACCUGUUCACUGAUAUGAGCACUCGACUCAUUUCCCUAAUUUCUCCCUGAGCCUCCUUUUGGAUUCAGGACCAGAUGAGUGGGAGCGGAGGAUGCUUCUGUAUUUUCUUUGGUUGAAUAAGUAAAUGUAAAAUAGUUUGAUCAGAGAAUGAGAAACACUUCUAGAGCUUAAAGCUACAUGUUCUCUUACUGUUUACAUUCAAGUGAUUUGGUUUAAGGCGCAAGACAGAAGUGCUAUGAAGGGAUUUCUCACUUUUGCCAAGACCCAACAGUUCAUUGAAAUUCAAUCAAGCUGCACCAAAUUGUGCAUACUCAUAGAUAUCAGUUCUCUAGAUAUACCUGAUUCUGGAUUAUAAGUUUACAAAAUGUGGAAAAAACGGUUAGAAAAAUGUUAAAGAAAGUGAAAAUAUAUAAAUAUCUGUCCUCACCCUUUAACCAAGUUUACAGACAGUAGUUUUUGCGUAAAGUAGUUGAAACAGAGACGUACAAACAAUGAAUCAGCAUUUUUUUCUGCCCUUUAACUGAUGUUAGCUCCUGUUUCUAACAUGACUGAAUAUCAACUUCGUAAGCUGAUCUUUAAAAGCAUAGCAGCAUCAGCAUCAGCGGCAGCAUGUUGUUUCUGAGCUGCCUCCCCCUGCUCCUGAUGAUGGUUACAUUUCAAAGUAAACGCUUGAAACUGCAGAUUUGCCUCUGUUCAUUUCUGGACUAACUCUUCUCUUGUACUUGUUGUUCUGCCUAUUUAUCGUCCAGCUGCAUCACUUCACAUUGUCAUCGCGGCUGAAAUUCCACCGUGACGUUUAAAGUGUUUGCAGAUGAAGCUCAUAUUUAAGUGAAGCUGUUCAUAUCUUCAUCUAUUUAUCACUACAUCAUCUCCAGUAUCAGCUGUUUCCAGAUGUUAUCCACUGUCUCCACAAUAAUGUGCAAUAUUGUUUGAAGCAAAAAGACGAGGGAGCACUACUCUAUAUUUUAGUGACCUAAUAUGCAAAUGAAAAAAAGCAAAUAAAGCUUUUUUCAAAAUCUUCACAUCUGAAGCACUUUAAAUGAUAUUAGUUAUGAAGGCAAAAUAUAUUUGAUUCUCGAUUUAGAAACUACUUAUACUUUAUUUGGUUUUACAGUCACCUGCUUUGAUUUCUCUUACUGGUUCUCGUGUCUCUGCAGUGGAAAUCACAGCUCUGCAGGAAGAGGGAACCUUUCACUGUCUUUCUUUAACAGGUUGUUUCCAUCAUGUUUGUACGUUUGACCAAUGACCUCCAGGCUUGUGUCGCCCCACAUGUUUCACUGUGGGUCAGAGUGGACACGUCAAACGUCAGAGAUUAGGACGCUGCUGCAGUGACAGGUACAACUUUCACAGUUCUCAGUGCUGCUCACGGGUCACAGACACUUAAACACAAACAUAAAGCUGCUGAUCUCAGUCUAACACGAGACAGGGACAUCGUUCUCUGUUUGUUUUCCUGGUUUUCACUGUGGCCGUAUUUCUGUUGAAAUAAAGUAUGAUUGUGAAACUAA